UUUGGGUUAUAUGUGGUACUUCUGUGGUUCAGUGUUUGCUACGUAAAGCUCAGCUGGUGCUCCCGGCUCAUUAUCAUCAUGUGGACCCUGAGGUCGGUCAUGUGGUGGCGCCGCGGCCGAGCGUGCUGAUGUAACGGGGCUGCAGAGACCGUCACACUGGGGAGACCAGGAAGUUUUACAGGGGAGGCUGUUGGUCCGAUUCUCAAGAUCCCAACCCGCUGCUCAGUUGUCAGUAUGUCAGACACUGAUGGUUACCCAGAGCAGCUGCAGAGUGACUCCCUGUUCCUGUGCUCAGAUCAGAGGAUGGACACUGAGCUGGUUGACAGACUGGUCUUGCAGCUCAACAGGAUCUACCCCCAGAUACUAAGUGACAAGGAAGCUCACAGGUUCAGGAACCUGAGUGUGCCCACCAAAGUGCGUUUAGCUGAGCUCUUGAAGCACUUGCACAGAAAAGGCGAAGAGGCAUGUCAUGAGUUCUACAGAGCCCUACACAUUCACACUGAGGACAUCUAGUUUCAGCCUGCCAGCAGAGUCAGACAAAGAGAGGUGGGAGGCCCAAAAUGCAAUAGCAACAAGACAGUUCACCAAGAGCUUAACAACAGAGGACCAAUCUUCUUCCUGACCUGCUUCAGUUUUGUAGUUGGAAUUGCAAUACUCUACUAUUAUGGAGACACAGAGGGUGAAAAAUUGAGAUACACUGGACUAUUUCUUCCCUGCUCUGCAGCAAGACUUAGUAAAGAUGCCAGAGAUGUUUUAAUUUCAUACGGAGACGUUGGAAAGUAGAAAAAAAAUGAGGUCAUUAAGGCACUGAAAGGGCCCACGAGAAGAAAAAGCAGUGAAAAAUGUUUUUUCCUGUGCCAAACUCACUGUUUUCCUAAACUGCACAUAAUAAUUUAUGUAUGCAAGUACUAAUUGGAGGGAUGUAACUUGACCUGACACAUUCUGUCACAAAUUCUCAUAACUGACAUCUUCCAGUAAGGCAGAACUAUGCAAUGUUCUUCCAAAGUACUUGUAAGUAUGAAUCUUGCCUGGAUUUUUUUUUGUUUGUUUGUUUGUUUGUAAGAUAGCUAUGAAUUUCUUUUUAACUAAAAUGAAGGUUAAUAAUAACAACUAAGUGUAACUGUGCAACUACACUCCCACAAAGCUGUUUUCAGCUCUCUAGAAUGAAUCAGUUGUUUGGGUACAACAAAACAAGAGUGAGGACGAUCAAGUGAUUUUGAGGGAGAGGUCCAGGUGAGAACAUCUGUGUGGGUGGCGGGCACUCAGAUGAACAAAGUAACUUGAAUUUUACAGUGUUGUGUUUAUUAACACAUUUUACAACACAGAUUUCAUCAAAUGCACAACUGAUACAUGUGUGAUCACACCUUAACCCACUUCUGUGCCUUCUAUGAAAACAGCUGUCUAUAGGGCACUAUAACAAUGUUACAUUUUCUCAA